AUGGGUGCAAACUAUUUGUUUAUGUUGUUGUGCUUUUUAGUUUGGACUGCAGAUGCAAAAUUUGAGGUUAAGCCUUUCAAUGUGAAAGACUAUGGUGCAAUUGCAAAUGGAAAGAUGGAUAACAGUGCGGCAUUUUUGAAAGCAUGGAGUGAUGCAUGCAAAUGGGAUGGACAUGCAUCAAUUUUGAUCCCAAAAGGAACCUACAUGCUCAACCCAGUCAUAUUUGUUGGUCCAUGCAAGGGUCGGACGACCUUUGAAAUAGAGGGAAUUUUAAAAGCUCCAACUGAUCGAUCUUUGUACCCUAAUCUCGAUAAGUGGAUAAAUUUCAGAUAUAUCGACCAACUUAGGGUGACUGGAGGUGGCAUAUUGGAUGGUCAAGGAUCUUCUGCUUGGCCACCCAAAGGUAGCCGUAACAAUCCACGAUGGCCAACUCGUCCUGUGACAAUGUUAUUUGAUUUCAUCACCAACGGUCAUGUCGAUAACUUGCAUUCAAUUAACAGCAAAGGUGGCCAUUUCAUUGUAUUUGGGAGUCAAAACAUGAGCUUCACAAAUCUAAAAUUAUUAGCCCCCGGCGAUAGCGCUAACACAGACGGUAUCAAAAUCGGUGCGUCAAAUGGCAUAAAUAUCACGAGUUCAAUUAUUGGCACUGGCGAUGACUGUGUUGCUAUGAUUUCUGGCACAAGAAAGGUCCGAAUUGAAGAUGUUUAUUGUGGUCCUGGUCAUGGAAUUAGUGUUGGAAGCCUUGGUAAGAAUGAUUGGGAAGAAGAUGUGCGAGACAUAUUUGUGAAGAAUUGUACAUUUAAUGGUACUAGUGAUGGUCUUAGAAUCAAAACAUGGGCUGCUCCUUUGAAAAAAACUUUGAUGGCUUCUAAUUUUGUCUAUGAAGACAUUAUUAUGCAUAAUGUUGGCCAUCCCAUUAACAUUGAUCAAGAAUAUUGUCCAUAUCCUCCUUGCGGAAAGGUGGCUUCACACGUGCAAAUCAGCAAUGUGAGAUACAAAAAUAUUCAAGGAAGUGGCAAUACUGAAAUUGCAGUGAGCUUUAAAUGCAGUAAAGUUAAGCCAUGCCAAAACAUAACUGUGGACAACAUUGAUUUGUGGAGUUAUGGUCGCAAAACAAAUAUAGUCAAUAUGUGUUCCCAUGCCCAUGGUACAUCUUAUGGCAAACAGAUUCCCCCAUCCUGCAUAUAG